UGAAACGGCGUCGGUUUGACAAUCGCUUCUUUCUUCUCCUCCCAAGCGCCGACUUCAAUCUCUUCUUCUUUGGUUUUGCUAUCAGCUUAUCUCUAUCGAUAGGGGUACUACUACGUUUCUUAUCUUCGAAUUCAUGUUUACUAAUAGAUAAAAUAGAAAACCCUUGGGAAUUUGUUUUUGCCAUUUUCUCCAUUUCACAUCUUUGUUGGGCUUCUAGAGUUUUGUCACAUGAGUACAGGUGGAGCAUUUGGAGGAAACAGAGGAUUAAGACCAAUACCACCAGAAAAGGGCAUUUUCCCUUUGGAUCACUUACACGAAUGUGAUGCUGAGAAGAAAGAGUAUCUUGGCUGUCUCAAGUCUUCAGCUCACAAAUCUGAACAAUGUAGACAUCUCUCUAAGAAAUAUCUCCAGUGUCGAAUGGCUAAGAACUUGAUGGCAAAACAGGAUAUGGCUGAACUUGGAUUCAGUGGUGUUAAAGAAUUGGAUUCCUCUGAAGAUAAGAAUAAAGAGAGUAUCCAACAUUGAACUUUUAGAUUCAGUGGUGAGCCUCAUUUUGUAGAAUUUUGGAAUUGAACAUUGAGAUAGCAUUCAUUCUAAAGCCCAACUCACUCUCAAAGUAUAUGCUUCACCGAUAUUGAUACCUACUUCAUAUUGGGUGAAUCAAAGCACUAUACAAAACAUCAAACAGAAGCAAAGUAUGAGGGAGGAAGGUGGUGUGGUGUGUGUGACUCCUCCUUACUUUGAAUGAUGUGCCUUUUAUGCUCUUAUUCUUCUGUAGACUUUUUGGGCUUAGAUAAUUUUAAGUUUGUUGACAUUAUACAGUAGUCCAUUUUGAUUUCUCUCAUUUACGGUGAAACUUAGGAAUAAUGUGUAUUUUUUUUUGUUUACACUAUAAUAUAAUUUGUCCUCUUAGACCA